GGUCUCACGGGUCGUUGGUCCACAUGUCAGCCACCUCCACAUGUCAGCCACCCAAAGUCAGGUGAAGUUGCGUCACUGAAUCCUUCUGACUCCCCCCACCAGUCUCGCCUUCUCUGCCGCGCCAUCUCCACCGUCCACCGCCAAUCCUCACCUCGCCACAGUGCCACACCCGCCGCCCCCAUGGCCUCGGCCGCCCCUUUCUCCCCUCUCUCCGGCGCCUUCCUCCGCCGCCGCAUCCCCCUCCUCCACCGUCGCCGCCUCCUCGCCAUCACGGCCGCUGCCCCGGAAGCCCCCGCACCUGCUCCCACCCCAUACCCGGCGCCGCCGCGUCCACGCGGGAAGGGCUACUUUCCGAAGAAGAACGAGAUCCUCGAGCUCACCUGCGAGGGGAUCGCCUUCAAGGGGAAGGGCGUCUGUAAGGUCGAAGGCUCCACCUUCGUCCUGCUAUGCGACGGCGCUCUCCCCGGCGAGCGCCUUGUCGCUCGCGUCCGUCGCCUCCGCCGCGGCGCCUUCGCGGAGGCAGCCAAGCUCAAGACCCUCGAGCCCCACCAUGACGCCGUCGAGGCUCCCUGCCCCCUCGCCGCCGACUGCGGCGGCUGCAAGAGCCAGUCCCUCGCUUACUCUGCUCAAAUCCACCACAAGUACAUCCAAGUCCGCGACUUACUCAUAAAUUUCGGCAAGUUUCAUCCAGGGAGCUUGGAGAGCUCGGAUCCCGACUCCAUCCUUAAGCCCAUCGUGCAGUGCGAUGAGAUAUUUCGGUACAGGAACAAGAUGGAGUUCUCGUUCGGGACGAAGAGGUGGAUGAAAAGGGAGUGGAAAGAGGACGAGGAGGUGGCAAAGGGGGAAGAGGAGGAGGCUGAUGGUUAUUCGCUUGGACUGCACGCACCAGGGUUCUUCGACAAGGUGCUUCAUGUUGAGACUUGCUUGCUGCAGAGCGAGCCAGCAGAUAAGGUUCUUGCAGUUGUUCAAGAAAGUUGGACGGAUCCGGCUCUUGGCCUCACGCCUUACGAUGUCUACAAGCAUGUUGGCUUUCUCAAGCAUCUUAUGAUAAGAACUGGAAGAAAUGUCAGCACUGGAGCUCCAGAAGUGAUGGUCAAUUUUGUGACAUCAUGUUAUAAACCUGAGCUACUGGCGCCUCUUGUUGACAACAUCACAAAAAUACCUGAAGUGGUAAGUGUCGUAAAUAAUGUGAACACAUCAGUUGGCAAUACAUCAGUGGGUGAACAAGAAUAUACCUUGUAUGGGAAGCCAACCAUUACAGAGAUGUUGAGAGGACUCACAUUCCAGAUAUCUGCCAACUCCUUUUUCCAGACUAACACAAAACAGGCUGAUGUUCUCUAUAAGCUUAUUGAAGAUUCUGCUGGGCUUAAAGGAGAUGGCUCUGAGAUCGUUCUUGACUUGUUUUGUGGAACUGGAACGAUUGGUUUGACCCUUGCUAGAAGGGCAAAGCAUGUUUAUGGAUAUGAAGUUGUCCCUGAAGCUAUUGCAGAUGCUCAAAAGAAUGCUGAGUUUAAUGGUAUCAGGAACGCUACAUUUGUUCAGGGAGACCUUAAUAAAAUCAACGAAACAUUUGGGAAGCAAUUCCCAAAGCCUGACAUAAUCAUAUCAGAUCCUAACCGGCCAGGGAUGCACAUGAAGUUAAUCAAGUGGCUGCUAGAAGUUAAGGCCCCUCGAAUAGUGUACGUCUCGUGUAAUCCAUCUACUUGUGCACGGGAUUUGGACUACCUAUGUCAUGGCGUGGAAGAGAAAGGCUUGAGAGGAUGCUAUGAGCUGAAGCGUGUAAUACCUGUAGAUAUGUUCCCCCACACUCCUCAUAUUGAGUGUGUAUGCUUACUGGAGCUGUGCUGAUUCUUUUUUGAUCUGCUAGAGGAGCCGCCAGAAGGUUUUCAUUUGUUUUCUUGUCUUUCCUAAUAUCUCCUGCCAAUGUAUUCUUCUGUCCUUUUAGUUGCCGUUCUGCUCCUGUCUCAGUUCUUGUCAUAUUCUGAAUUGGGACACACUUCUUAGUGUAGAGCAUAUAUAGGUACACGGUAUUUGAUCUGCCAUUUUCGAGACUGUUUCCAUC